AUGGCUUCCAGACUGCUGCAGCUACAACGGCGCGCCGUGGCGCCGUUGGCGGCCAUCGCCGUCGUUCUGUCCCCUGCCACAGUUCUCGCCGAAGCUCCUGCGCGCAAGGUUCGUCGCCGGAAAAAGACUCCCUUCUCCCAAGCCUGCCCGGCAGCCGCGAAGCCGGCCACGCUAACCCGCGAGAGGGGGGGCCUGCGGGGGAAAAAGAAACCCAUCUACGAUGACCUGGACGCCGCGGGCGCCAGCGACGACGACGCACCCGCGCGAUUCGAAGCCCUCCCGCCCAAGCAGCCCGCCGCCGCCGCCGCUGCCGCUGCCGCUGCCGCUGCCGACCCGCCGCCCAGGAGGGAGAAGCAGCCGCGGGCCCCCUCGCCGACCGACAGGCUAGCCGCCGAGAUUGGCAGAGCCCGCCUCGCGCUGUACCGCGUCGCCGCCGCCGCCGAGGACAAGGUCAACGAGACGAUGGACUCGGCCUUCCACCUGGAGCAGUCCUUCACCGACACCGUUGCCGGUCUGGCCCCCUCGCGCGAGAGCGGCGAGAAGCUCAUGCCGGGCGCCAUGUACGUCCUGGUCGCCGCCAUGGCCGGCAGCAUCAUCACCCGCCGGAGCAACGUCCUCCUGCGGAGCACCGUGCCCUGGGCGUUUGGCGUCGGCGCCGGCUGGGCCGUCCUGCCCGUGACGAUGCGCAACGUCUCCGACCUGGCGUGGAAGUACGAGCAGCGGUUCCCUGCCGUCGCGGACACGCACGCCAGGGUCCGGGAGAGCCUGAGGAGGGGCGUCAGCUUCGCCAAGGCCCAUGGCCAGGUUGGCGUGCACUUCGUGGACGAGAAGGUGACGGAUGCGAGGGAGGCUGUUGAAGGGUGGGUCAAGCAGGGUAAAUAG